AUGUUAUUUACUUUCAUAUUGCUAGGAUUUGUUAAUUCUUCUUGCCUAACAAGAAAUUUUGAGGAAUGUUUGUCUUUGAAUGUAGAAUAUUAAGAAAGUUGCUAAUUAUCUUAAGGUGAAUGUAGACCAAGACCUGAAAAGUGUACUGAAAUAGAUGCAACAUACCCUUUAAAUUGUAGAACCAAUGAAUGUUACUACAGCAAACGAUUCAAUAAAUGUUUAGUAUAUCUCUAUACUAAUAUAGUCAUAACCAUUUACUCGUCUACUAAAUGAGGUUGCUGAUAGAGGAGACCAUCAUGAUCAUUAAUAAGAUUCCCAUGAUGGAAUAGAUCAAUAAAGACCAUAACCUACAGAAUAGGGUCCAUUACCUCCUCCUUAUUAACCACCUUAAAAUCCACCCUAAUAUCCUUUACCUCCUUAGUAUAUAGUUUAUAAUAUAUACAAGAAAUGAUUAAUAAAUAGAACAACCAAUAGAAGAGGAUAAUAAUGAUAGUUUAGAAGAUGAUGAAGAAGAUUCAUAUGAAGAAGAAGAAGAAUAAGAUAUUAACUAAAAUACUUCUGAUGAGGAUGAGUCUUGGAAUGAACCAGAAGGUAAUUAUAAAAACUAAAAAUAGUUCCCUCUUAACCAAAUUCUACUAAUACAACUAAUUCAACAAAUAAUACUAAUAAUAAUUCUAAUAACAAUAAUUCAGAUGGUUUUAAUGAUACAUAUGAAGGAUUUUAAAAUAUAAUUGAAGAGGAAAUUAAAUUCAAAUUGAGUUAAUCUGAUGAGAAUAAAUAAAUAGAAAUAAAGAGUAGUGGAACAAAUCAUUUAAUUAUGGCAUUUAUCACUAUGAUUAUUUGGAUAUGA